GAGGGAAGGACGGCGUGAGCCAUUUACUAAUUGCUCCGGGGUUGGCCUCUUCCUUGGGGCUGCCGCUGCCGGCAGCGCGGGCUCUGCCCCCCCGUGUCAUCCUAGCCCGGCCGCUCCGCGCCCGCGGUGUUUCCAUGUGUGUAAGAUAAAGUAUGCCCAAGAUAACGUUAAAUGGCAUCACAGUGGACUUUCCUUUUCAACCAUACAGAUGUCAGGAGGAAUACAUGACUAAAGUGCUUGAGUGCCUCCAGAAGAGGGUGAAUGGCAUUUUGGAGAGUCCCACGGGUACAGGGAAGACAUUGUGCCUCCUCUGUGCCACUCUGGCUUGGCGGGAGCAUUUUAAAGAUACCAUCUCGGCACGGAAAAUUGCACAGCGAAUGAAUGGAGUGGAACUCUUUCCUGACAGACCCAUGUCAUCCUGGGGUGAUGCUGCCAAAGAUGCUGAAAUCCCAGCUUAUUACACAGAUAUUCCUAAAAUAAUUUAUGCCUCCAGAACCCAUUCUCAGCUUACUCAGGUCAUCAGUGAGUUAAAGAGCACAGUCUACAGGCCAAAGGUGUGUGUGUUGGGCUCCAGAGAGCAGCUUUGUAUUAACCCCGAAGUUAAGAGGCAGGAGAGUAACCACAUGCAGAUCCACAUGUGUCGAAUGAAAGUGAUGGCUCGUACUUGCCAUUUCUAUAACAAUGUGGAGGAGAAGAGUACAGAGAAGGAACUGACCAACUCCAUCUUAGAUAUUGAAGACUUGGUUAAAAAUGGAAACAAGCACAGAGUUUGUCCUUAUUAUCUAUCUCGGAGCCUGAAGCAGCAAGCAGAUAUUAUUUUUAUGCCUUACAACUAUUUACUAGACUCAAAGAGCCGGAGAGCACACAACUUAGAUCUGAAAGGGACUGUGGUAAUACUCGAUGAAGCUCACAAUGUGGAGAAAUUGUGUGAAGAGUCGUCUUCUUUUGACUUGACUCCCUACGACUUGGCUUCAGCCAUGGAUGCUAUAAAUGUGGUACUGGAAGAACAAGCCAAAGUAGUUCAACAAAAUGAAAUCCAUGCUGAAUUCAAUAUGGAGUUUGCCAGCUCAGGGCUGAGCAUGGAGCUUGAAGAUAUAGCAAAGAUAAAGAGAAUUCUUCUUCAACUGGAAAAUGCUAUUGAUGCUGUGCAGCUGCCAGCUAAUGGAAAUGGAGUCACUAAAGAAGGGAGCUACAUCUUUGAUCUGUUUGCAGAGGCCCAGAUCACAUUCCAAACCAAAACCUCCCUCCUGGAAUCGCUGGAACAGAUUGAACAAUUUCUAUCAGGCCGUACUGGGAUAUUUACCAACACAGCUGGAUUACAUAAACUUUCAGACAUUAUUCAGAUUGUUUUUAGCAUUGAUCCUCCAGAAGGCACAUCCAGCUCCAUGCCAGUUCAAUCAAUAUCCAAGUAUUAUAAGGUGCACAUUCAUAUGGAUACCAGUAAUCAGAAAAAAAAGCAGAGGACAGACCUAUGGAGUUCAUCAGUAACAAAAAAAGAAGGAAAGGUCUUGAGCUACUGGUGUUUCAGCCCCGGGUACAGCAUGCAUGAGCUGGUCCGUCAGGGAGUCCGGACAAUCAUUCUGACUAGUGGGACCCUCUCCCCACUCUCCUCCUUCACCAUGGAAAUGCAGAUUCCUUUCCCCGUUUGCUUGGAAAAUCCACAUGUUAUUGAUAAACACCAGAUCUGGGUGGGGAUAAUUCCCAAGGGACCAGAUGGAGGUCUGCUCAGCUCUACCUAUGAAAAAAGGUUUUCUGUGGAAUGUCUGUCUUCUCUGGGGAAAACAAUAGGUAAUCUUGUGCGAAUUAUACCACAUGGGCUGCUGGUGUUCUUCCCUUCGUAUCCGGUCAUGGAUAAAAGCCUGGAAUAUUGGAGAGAGCAUGACUUUGCUAAAAGAAUAGAAGAGGUGAAACCGAUGUUUGUGGAACCAAGGAAUAAAGGAACCUUCACAGAGAUCAUGGAUGCAUAUUAUGAUAAGAUUGUCUGUCCCAAGUCUAGUGGAGCUACUUUCUUGGCAGUAUGUCGGGGAAAGGCCAGCGAAGGCUUGGACUUUGCAGACAUGAACGGACGAGGUGUUGUCAUCACUGGGCUUCCAUUUCCCCCUCGCAUGGAGCCAAGAGUCGUUUUAAAGAUGCAAUUCCUGGAUGAAAUGAAAAGACAAGUUUCAGGGGCACAGUAUUUAUCCGGGCGUGAGUGGUACCGGCAGCAGGCUUCCCGGGCUGUGAACCAGGCCAUCGGCAGGGUUAUCAGACAUCGCCAGGACUAUGGUGCCAUUUUCCUUUGUGACCACAGGUUCAUGAACAAUGAUGUAAGAUCCCAGCUGCCCUCCUGGGUCCGCCCUUAUGUCAAGAUUUACAACAACUUCGGGCAUGCAGUCAGAGAGGUCUCCCAGUUCUUCCGUAUUGCUCAAAAAAUCGUAGUCUUUGUGCAGAUGCCCCCACCCUCAACACGGAGCUCCUGCCCUAGCACCAUAUGUGAAGAGGACCCGGCAUCAUCCACGUCAUCUGGGCAGCCCCCCUCCCGGACAAAAGCCAAGAAUUUAGAUGACCAUGUUCCUAGUUUGAAGAGGAAGCGAAUGGGGCUACUGGGGGAUGGGGCAACCAGCCUGUGUGUGGAGUAUGAUCAAGAGCUGAUCGCAUCAAGGAGGCAGCCCCUUGGGCUCCUGGAUGCAUUGGAGCACAAUGAGAAGAGCAGUGAAGGGACAGAAGACGACCGCUUGCCAGGAGAGGAAAAGGCAAAACGUUUGUCAACACUCUCCCUUCAGUAUGAGAAGAGGUUAACAGAUGAGCAGAAAGGAGGAAGAAAGAAAAUAAAAAUAGUCAACAAUCUGCAAGCUGACAAAGUAGCAGACCCUGCUGAGCCAAAGAAGACCAGGGCCACAUUGUUCAUUGCAACAGUGAAGCAAGCCCUGAGCCAGCUACACUAUGAUCUCUUCUCAAAGGCUCUGCAGCAAUACAAGAGGACCGAUGACUUCCAAGCCAUGUUAUCGCAAAUGAGCUCUCUUUUCAUGGAGGACCAGAAAAAGCAUAUCCUGCUGCGAGAAUUUUACCAGUUUGUUCGACCUCAGCAUAAAAAGCAGUUUGACGAAGCAUGCUGUAGUCUGACUGGAGUGGGCUGUGGCUACAAACCUGAACACAGCCUCCUGCGAGAGGAAAGAGAGGUGUUGGCCAAGAAGGCAGGGGGAAAGCAGUGUCUGCCGAAAACAACAUUCUCAGAGGGUUCAUCCAGCCUGCUAAACUCCCAGCUGCAUCUGAACAAGGGAGGAUCCCACCUGACCUCUGGGCUGAAUAGAACAGGAGAAAAUCACACCCAUAUCCCUAAGAAGGACCCUGAAGAGGCAUCAAGCUCUCGCAGAGAGGACCACCAUGAGCUAGUCAGGGCUACAUAUCUCAAUGAUCUGAAAAAAGCUUUGGACAAAAACAGUUACAGCCGCUUCUGUGAAGCACUAUCGGCAUAUAAGAAGACAGAUGACUAUGAUGCCAUGGUGUUGGUGGUAGCUGCCCUCACCACCGAGAAGCCAGAGUACUUUCACCUCUUGCAACGGUUCUACAUGUUUGUGCGUCCUCAUCACAAAGAACAAUUCAGACGGAUGUGUAAAGACUUGACGGGAAUGAGCUGCAGUGAGGAGGAGAAGAAGAAAUUGCAACCAGAAGUGCAGGAGGCCAAGAGCCCUCUGAAUUUGGAGAAUUCAUGUUCCAAAGCAGAAACCAGUGAAACUCAGGAUAAAGCUGUCAGCCACACACCAGCUGCUUUCAAGAGUGACAUGCCAAGAAAAACCCAGAGCAAGAUUUUCUCCUUCUGCAGUAAUCAGAACAGCAAACCUGGAUCUCAAAAGACAGAUACAUUGGCAGGAUCCUGCAGCAUAAGAGCGCCUACCAACCCACGCAGUUUGCCAGUCUUGCCUCUCAAUAUGGAGCCAGAGUGUGGAAGAUUCCAGUGCUCUAAAUGCAAAUCUGAGGAUGAUGUGCCUUUUAAAUGCCAGUUAUGUACCUUCACUUGCUGCAAAACAUGCUGGGAACAGCUCUUAAAGAUUGCUAAAAAGUGCCCAGAAUGCCAAACUGAUACCAAGAGGAAGCAUUUAGCCCAAGUUUUUUUCCUGCGAUAACCUCCCUGACAAGAGGCAAGUGCAUCACGUCAGCACUGGUUAAAGAGCCAGCAGAAAAGGAGAUUGGAAAAAGAGGCAGGGUGCACGUUCAUUUAUGGACCCUUUUUCUCAGCUUCUCGCAGCAUCAUUCCUCUCCUUGGCAAAGUUCAUCAAUCUCCAAAGACACCUCUUCCCACUUCUCUUUCAGCAAGAGGGGAAAGAAGCAAAGGUUGUCCUUGGAAUUGUAUUGAAAUGGGGAUCUUCAUUUCUUCUCUGUUUAACUCAGCAGAUUCUUGUGAUGUUCUGGUCCUUUUAGGUUGUACUUUGACAGCCUGGAGGAUGUUUUCAGUAAUUGCCUCCUCUCAAAUAUUUACUCAAUCCUGGAAAAUUUCCGAGCAGCAGUAGUGCCAUUGAAUCCCCUUUUCCAGCAAUACCACUUUCCUUUGGUGACUGACAGAAGCUGUUGCUGCUAGGUGAUUUCAGAGGUGUAAGGUGGUGAAAGCCUUUUUCUAAAUCCAAUCGUUUUUACUGCGCUUCACCGGUAGUACAGACCCAGCACAUCUUGUGCUUAUACCCACUCAUUUAUGCCUGCCCUGCCAAUCAGAAGCCUGUUUCCUAUAUUGCUAUAAGUGUUGAAUGUUGCACUGAGCGUGCUUCCAAAGAGGACGUAGCUUCUUCUGAGGCACUUGCACACUCCUGUUGUGUCUGUAUGGUUUCAUACUUGUGUUUUCAGAAGUGUAGCAGGGAGAGUGAAAAGACUAUUCAUGUUCUUUCAAAGUGAACAUACAAACUGAUUUUAAACUCCAUCAAGUUGGAAAAGAGAAACACUUCGAUAUUUUCACUUUCUGAUGGGGGGUAUUAAUGUUUUGCUAACUUAAGGAAUUGUAUCAAUUUUAAAUCUUCAGUGGAAAUUCUAAAAUAAACUAAGUAAAAAUGAA